AUGAGCAAACCUGAGAUCAUCGAGGCACCCGACGUGAUCGAGGACGUGGCCGACGGCAAGCAGCGAACAAAUUAUGACAAGGUCGACAAUGAGGUUGCCAAAUAUGCUGGGGAGACAAUCGUCGAAAUUGACGCGGCGACUAACAAAAGGCUGAAGAGGAUGAUUGACAAGCGAGUCUUGAGCGUCAUGGUCUUCACCUACUUUAUGCAAUCGCUGGACAAGGGCACAAUGUCGUUUGCAUCCAUCAUGGGCAUCAUCCCCGAUACAGGUCUCGUGGGCCAACAGUACUCCUGGUUGACGACCAUCAUCUACCUCGUCAUUCUCUGCGUCGAGUAUCCGGAAAACUACAUUAUCCAAAAGAUUCCGAUUGCGAAAUGGCUCUCUUUCAACAUCAUCAUGUGGGGAGUGACGCUCAGUCUGCACGCUGCAUGCCACAACUUUGUCGGCCUGGUCAUCGUCCGCGGCUUUCUGGGUGCCUUUGAGGCGGUCUGCCAGCCAUCCUUUGUCCUGCUCACGUCCAUGUGGUAUAAGCGCGAGGAGCAAGCCUCGACUGCCAUCUACUGGUACAUGAUGAAUGGGCUCCAGCAAAUCAUCGGCGGGGUCCUGGCGUUUGGGUUCUCCUUUAUUCCCGCCUCGUCGCCCAUCAGGACUUGGCAAGCGCUGUUCAUGACGUACGGCAUCAUUACCGUCUUCUGGGGCAGCUUCGUCAUGUGGUGGAUGCCCGACUCACCGAUGAAGGCGCACUGCUUCAGCGAAGAGGACAAGAAGCUGAUGGUGGAGCGCGUGCGGUCCAACCGUACCGGGUUGCAGAAUCGCAAAUGGCGCAAGGAGCAGGUCUUUGCCGCUUUCAAGGACCCUCAAGUCUACGGGUUCGCUCUCAUCCAGAUCCUGACCACCCUCCCGUCGGGAGGUCUCGGCGCGUUCGCAAACAUCAUCAUCAAGUCCUUUGGCUACUCCACGUGGGAAACCCAGCUCCUCCAAAGCGUAACGGGUGUCCUGCAAAUCAUCACCAUGCUCACAGCCUCCUGGAUCGACAGACGCUUCAAGCAAACCAUUCUCGCCAUGAUGGCCGCCGUCGUGCCGACCAUCGCCGGCACCGUCGUCCUCCUCACCGUGCCCUUUGAACACAGCAAGAAAGUAGGCCUGCUCCUCGCCUACUACAUCAUGAUCUCCUUUUGGGCCUGCAGCGGCCUGGCCCUGUCGCUCGUCACACGUAACGUGGCCGGGCAGACCAAGAAGGGCGUGGUGAUUACGAGCAACUUUAUCUUUUGGGCCGUGGGCAACUCCAUUGGGCCGCAGGUGUUCCGCGCCCAGGAUGCGCCGAGGUACUUUUUGGCGCUGGCCAUUAUCUUGGGGUGUUUUGUGUUGUUGGAGGUUGUGCUUUUUGCGCUGCGGACGUAUUAUGUUUGGCAGAAUAAGUUGCGCGAUGGCAAGAUUGCGCGGGGGGAGGCUGUUGCCGAUACGACGCAUUCUCACGCGUUUGAGGAUAUGACGGACAAGGCAAGUUGUUAUUCUAGUGAAAAAUUCUCUCGUGCAUCCAUCAUUGCAGUGCUAACAUCAUCAUAG